AUGGCUGAAAUUCCUCAAUACAUGCUCACCCGACUAAGUGACCUUAAAAUAGAGCCUCAACAAAUCGUACACAACGUUGCCGAAAUUGCAUUUUCUCAAAACGAUAUGACGACUGAUAAUCUCCAUCUACAACAACAACUAGGUGACAACUUAUGUGGCAUACCUACUAACAAAACACGUAAAGUGUUUUUCAUGGGACCCAACUCACUUCAAACAGGCGAGAUGUAUCUGAUGUCGGUUGGAAACCAUGGUCAUGUUUUAACACGUGGCUGGAACCAGAUUGUGAGUCAGGAGAUGUUCAGGGCCGGUGAGAUUGUGCAUAUGUCUGCCUUCAGAGACCGCUUUGAUAUCCUGUGGAUUCUUAUGCAUUAUAAGUAUAAGAUGCAUUUCUAG